AUGUACCUUUUUGAUUUACCGACUAAGCUUCUCAUAACGAUCAUCCCAAACUUACUAGACUUACCUUACGAAUAUAUCAUAGCUAUACUUAAUAUAUUUCUUCAGUGUCAACUGUUCAAGAUUUCGGCCGAAAACAGGUUCGGUAAAGUGGACUUUCGCGAUGAAGAAAUGAUUGUGACUACAUUAUCGGAUAAGGAGUUCACAAUAGAACAAGGCAAUUUCCAGGAGACCCCGGAUCGGAAAGAGCGAUUAGAUAAUAAGUUUCUUGAAAAAGUUUUCAUAUCAUUCAGCAAACAAAUAGAGUCUAAGCAUUACAUGAAGAAUGCGAUUUCUGACUUUGAAGUGGCAAAGAGUUUAAUUUGGGAGAACUACAACUUCAUUUCUACUUUGAGCGUAUGGUGUGGAGAAGAAUCAAGCAUCAUACCCUUAUGUAUGUACUUGGUCAUGCUCAGAAUAUAUCCUAAUUACAAUAGAACGACCAUCACCUACACAUCGAUAUUCAAUGAUAGUAAAAAAUUUCAUUCAUUUUUCAACAACACACGAACUUAUCACGACUAUAGAAUCACUAGCCUAGUAUACCAAUGA